AUGUCGCUUGCCAGAGCAGGAAGAUUCGCCUGCCUUCGCACGGGCAGGCUCGCCGCCCCCGUCAAUGCGCGUUUUGUGUCCACAGGCACCGGUCGAGGCGACCCUUCCCGCACAUCCAGCACUUCUGAUGCCCCGACUGUUCCUCACACCGAGAGCACCUUGAUCCGCAAGGAGAGCCCUUCUGAGGCUAUGACCCGUCAUCAGCCCGAUUACGAUGCCACCAUUGAUCACGGCACCUCUCAAUUCUCCCCUGUGCCCAAGCGCGUCAUGGAUGGCAGUGAGCCUGGUGCCACUGUUGCUGCCGCUGUUCUGUCCGGCGCUCCCACCGACCUGCAGGCCCGUACUGUCCGGAUCUACCGUCAAGCGAAGCCCGCAACACAGUCCGGAACCUGGCACGGUCACCACUGGAGAAUGGAUUGGGAUAUCCUGCAGAGGGGUCAUCGCUGGGAGAACCCCCUCAUGGGCUGGCAAUCCUCUGCUGAUUGCAUGCAGGGUACCCACCUGAACUUCAAGAGCAAGGAGGAUGCCAUUCUGUUCGCCCAGAAGCAGGGAUACGAGUACUUCGUUCAGGAGCCGAAUGAGCGUCGCUUCGUCCCCAAGGCCUACGCUAACAACUUCGUCCACGAACCGAAGAAGCUCAAGUACAUCAAGACUAAAUGA